AUGAGAAUAUAAAGUACAGAUUAUACAGUUCCGUAUUAUUAAGUUUAUAAUGGUAAGUCAAAGCAUUGUUUAAAGGGAAAAUUAGUAAUGGGGUAUUCUAGAAUAAGGUUUAUGAUAUCUUUUGUUUAUUUGAAUGCAAUUUCUUUAUUAUAACUAUUUAGAAUCUAUCCAAAAUAGGAAUAAAUUUAUGCAGAAAUAAUAUUCAUUAUUUUGACAGAUAUUUUCUUGUUAAUAACAGUAUUUAGUGAUCCAGGAUUAAUACCGAAACUAAAUUCUUAAUUUUAAAAAGUAAUAUAUUGUAUGAAUAAGGUAUACUGAAUGUUAUCUUAUACC